UUUUUUUAAACGAAAAAAGCUCCAUAAAAAGCAUUUAUCCGCUGUGAUUGAAACUUUUUACGUCAGGAAGGAGAAGAGAGAAGAGAUAAUGUCUCAGACUGUGGUUCUAAAGGUGGCAAUGCCAUGUGAGGGAUGCGUUGGAGCUGUGAAAAGAGUCCUAGGCAAAAUGCAAGGUGUGGAGUCAUUUGAUGUGGAUCUCAAAGAGCAGAAGGUGACAGUGAAAGGCAACGUGGAGCCAGAAGCUGUUCUGCAGACAGUCUCAAAGACUGGAAAGAAAACCAGUUUCUGGGGAGCCGACGAGGCUGAAACCGCCAAGGCCUGAAAAUGGAAGAAGCCAAUAAAGCAUCUCUGUUUUUAGCAGAGAUUCAUUAAUAUACAAAAAAAGUUAUGUAAUGGAAACUCAAUAAAUAUGAAAUCUCUGAAGGAGCCUUAUGUUUUUCAAGUAAUCAUCAUCUCAUGUCUAAGCUAUCUUGUUGUCUUAAUCUUCGUGUGUGUUUUUGCUCGCAGUAAUGAAAUCCAACACGUUUAGUUACACACU